GCCUCCCAGUACGGGCUCCCAGUGCCUCCCAGUACAGGCUCCCAGUGCCUCCCAGUACGUGCUCCCAGUGCCUCCCAGUGCCUCCCAGUACAGGCUCCCAGUGCCUCCCAGUGCGUACGGGCUCCCAGUGCCUCCCAGUGCCUCCCAGUACAGGCUCCCAGUGCUUCCCAGUGUCUCCCAGUACGGGCUCCCAGUGCCUCCCAGAGCCUCCCAGUAUGGGUUCCCAUACAGGCUCCCAGUGCUUCUAAGUGUCUCCCAGUACGUGCUCCCAGUGCCUCCCAGUGCCUCCCAGUACAGGCUCCCAGUGUUUCCCAGUGCCUCCCAGCCUCCCAGUGCCUCCCAGUACGGGCUCCCAGUGCCUCCCAGUGCCUCCCAGUACGGUGCCUCCCAGUGCCUCCCAGUAUAGCCUCCCAGUGCCUCCCAGUAUGCCCCAGUGCCUCCCAGUGCCUCCCAGUACAGGCUCCCAGUGCCUCCCAGUGUCUCCCAGUACGUGCUCCCAGUGCCUCCCAG